GGGGGAGAUGCAUGCGAUAAAGGAUCCCUGUUGCAGCCGCGCCACCUCCAAACGAGGGUCUCAUGACAUAACCAACUAACGUUAACUCACCUUUACACAGUAACCUUUACCUACACCGGACUCGGUAUUGAAUCUAGCGAACACACACGCACCGUACACUUUUCGCCGGGACAUGCUACACCACAUCUGCUCAACAUGACGAUGGAGACCGCGACAUCGUCGUCCUCGCCGUCGCCGGUGCCGUCGCUGGUGUUUGCGCUGGUCGCACUCCUCUGCAUCUCGGUCGUCGUCCUCCUGAUCCUCCGAUACUACCUGCCGCUACGCUCCACGCCCGGCUACCUGCUGGUGCCCGUCUUCUUUGCGCUAUGGCUUCCUGCGAGCAUGGUCCUGCUGGUGCCAAUAGACCUGGCCUCCAGCGCCAUGGCCGACGACGUUGAUGCGCGGGGCAUAUGGCUGGAUCCGAAGGCGCUCCGCGUGUCGUGGAGGAUAGCCUACUGGCUGACGUUUGCCCUGACCUGGUUUAUCCUCCCCAUCCUCGGCGAGUAUUCCGACUCCGGAUAUCGCGAGCCACGGCAAAAGGUGCUCGACAGCCUCUAUGCCAACGCACAGUAUUAUGCCAUCGUCUUUGGGUCCGGAGCCCUCGGGCUGGUAUACGUACUCAUAUCCUACGGCCACUUCUCUGAGUCGCUCAAGAGCACGGUCAUGGCUCUCGCGUACUGCUGGGGUUUGGUGCUUGCUAUCUAUCUCAUGGGCCACGGCCUCGUCUCCAUACCCCGCCGGCUCUUCCGCAACGCGAAUAUCAGCGGCAGAUUGCGUAGGAUCCAAACCCAGGCCCCGAGAGUCUACGAAAAGAUGGAAGAUGCGGAGAUGGAUCUCGAGGAUUUGGAGUUGCAGAUUGCUGAGCUCAGCCGCCGCAAAGGCGGCAGCGCCAGCCUCUUUCAGGAUUGGAUCGAGGAGCUGGUUGACAUGACGAACCUGCCCGAGUCUCAGCCCAGCCAAGCGGGCAUCCUCCGGGGCUCGGGAAACCAGAGCCCGCUCCCCAACGUCAUAACAGAGAAGUACCUCGCCGAGCUUACCAGGCGCCUAGUCAGGGCUAAACACGCCCGGUCGAGGUACGUGGACGAGUGGAACCGGCUGUUGCAAGACGCCGUCGAGACGCAAGCGAUCCUGGACUCCGCAGCCUCGAAGAAGCUCGACUUCGGCAAGGCCUCCCCCAGCUCCGGUUUCUGGGACAGGCACACCCUCUUCACCCCCUAUACGCGCUUCCUCUUCCAUUACCACCUAGUUCCUUGUCUGCAGAUCGCACUCGCCGUCCUCCUCUCCCUUGCCUCCCUCUGCAUCGUCUGGUCCGAACUCGUCAAGGGCUUAUUCCCGCAGCUCUCCGUUAUUCGUUAUAGCGUAGUCCAGCAGCGAGACCGUGGUAAAGACCAAGUCGGCCUCGUCGGACAGGUCGUCGCCGCCUUGUGGAUGGUUUACAUGUGCGCGGCCGCCUUCAUCUCCAUUACCGAAGUCAAAGUCUGGCGCGGCCGUGCCCUCGUGCGCCGCAACACCGCCCCGGAAUCGGCCUUUUGGUACGCCAGCCAGGUCGCCCGGCUCAGCGUACCCCUCACGUACAACUUCAUGACCUUCUUGGGUGGCAUCUACCGCGACACAGUAUUUUAUGACUUCCUCGGCCAGCUCAUCAACCUUACCCCCUUGGGCAAGUGGUUUGACUACCUGUUCCCCGCCUUCAUCCUGCUCCCCGUCUGCGCGACGCUCUUCGGUCUCUACGGCAAGAUCAGGCGCAUCUUCGGCUCCGGCAUCGACGUGCUCGAGGAGGAGGACGGCGACAACGGAGACUGGCCCGGCGCCGCCUUCGGCACCGGCUCGUGGCGCGAGGGCCGCGACCUUAUAGAGCGCGAACUCAACGGCUCCUCGAGCGCGAUCCGCGCGCGCCGCGCCGACCCCGCAUCCGCCGGCGGCCGCUCUGCCCCGAUCUUGUCCAUCCCCGCCCGUCCCGGCCGGGGUACCACCGCCCCCCCCCGAGGAGGGAGAGGAGGACCGACCACCCCGUUCGGCACGUCCCCGACGGCGGGCACGACUGCGGGACCGGCGGCCACACCACGCCGGCCGCAGGCGAACACCUCGGCGCGGAGGGUCGGCCGCGCGGCGGUGGUGCUGGACGAGCCCGAGGACGAGAACUUCUUCGAGGCGCUGGGCCACCGCUUCAGGAACACCAUCGACACGUUCGACACGCCCAAGUGGCUGCAGGAUAUCGGGCAGGGGAUCAAGAAGCCGAAGUGGAUGGGCGGCGGCGGCGGGGAUGAAGGGCUCGGGCGCGGCAGCAGCAGCAGCAGCGGUGGUGGUGCGGGAGGAGGAAGGACAGACGUGAGGAGGUGGUUUGGCGGGGGAGGUGGCGAGGGCAGGAUCAGGCUGUGAAUGAAGCAUCUGUAAAUACAUGGGUGGGUUGUCUCCGCGGUCGUUCUGGAUAAAUCAGCGUGCAUGCUCGGCGUUUGACGGCAUUUUGUCUGUACGGAUUAUGG